UCUCCAGUUGCCAAGCUGUGUGUUUGUGAUCUGUUGGUGGCGCAGUGUGAUGUAAAUUGCUGCUGUGACCCUGACUGCAGUGCAGCAGAUUUCAGUCUCUUUACUACAUGUUCAGUUCCUAUUGUCACAGGUGACAGCCAUCUUUGCAGUCAGAAAGCUGCUAUAUAUUCACUUGAUGUUGAAGCAAAUCCACCAGAAAGGAUAUUUAAAUUAAUUGACCAAAUCAAUCCUAAUGUUUUCUGCAUUCAUGCUACGAACUAUAAGCAAGCACUCUCCUUCAUUUCCCCUGAAGUGCCUACUUCUGAAAAUUUUGAUCAAUUGCUUAAACAGUUUGGAAGUGCUACUUUCAGUACUGAAUUUGAUAGCUGGAGUAUAAACACAGAUUCUCAAAAUCCUUCUGAUGCAAAUGAAACCUACAGAUAUGAGUAUGGUGUUCCUAUACAGACAGCAGAUGCAUUUCUGAGACUGCCUAGUCCUGUUGUCUCCUCGUGGUGCUCUGAUGCUAAUCCUGCAGGGUUCUUAGUAAACCAGGCUACAAAAUGCAGUAGAUUAAUAAGUGUGGAAAAGUGUAGCACCAUUCAAGCAGUUAGUAUGCUGUUCUAUAUUAACUCCAGCAUUUUAGCAGUACCCAAAUCAAGUCAGAUGGUUAAUAUUACUGUCCAGUCCAUAGUUGUCCAGUCUCUGAAUGGAAUACGGACCUUACUGAACAGUAACGAGGUCCUCAGGCUCCCUACGAUUUUGGAUGAACUGUGCAUAAAUAUAGUUCUUGGGGUGAGUUAUCAUGUUACAUACACAGAAGCAGGAGAAAUAACAGAAGCAGCUGCUUCUUUUGUCUUAGGGGCAAUUACCAAAGAAGCACUUUCAAUACAGCAGAGCUUUGAAAUCAGCUUUACUCAGGUAAAUACGAAGCCAGUUCCUCUCAGUGGUAAUCCUGGUUAUGUUGUUGGACUGCCUGUAAGAGCAGGCUUCAGGCCACCUGGAUCUGGCAUCAUUCAGACUACUAACAAAUAUGGUCAAUUUACCAUUCUGCAAAGUACAUCCAACCAGGACUGUCUGGCAGCAGCAGGAGCCAGAACCCCAGUAUUAUUUGGUUAUAACAUGAUAUCAGGUUGUAAGUUUCGAAUCACUGCAGCUAUGGAAUGCCAGCUCUUGACUCAAACCCUCCUAGAUUUACUGAAGGGGCAAAACUUUCCUGAAUACGUGGCCUCUUUUGGAAAUUCUCAAGCCCAAGAUGUGCUUGACUGGGUGCCGAUCACUCACCUCCACACGUCAGAACAGAGCUCAUGCCAGAUACCAGUAUCACUUGAAAUAGAAGUGAAGUGGACUAAAUAUGGAUCCCUAGUCAAUCCUCAAGCCAGAAUAGUGAAUGUUACAGCAACUGUCACUACUGCCACCUUGAACCAGCCUCCCUUGGGAAGAGAAAGGACUAUUCCUGUAACAAGUUCUGUUGUUUUCACUGAUGUUUCUUCACCUGCAGAGCCGGGCUAUAAAGCUCGGCCUACCAUUGAUGUCAAAUUACCCUUUGAUUUUUUCUUUCCAUUUGUCUAAGGUAAGCGCGCACCAAAAAAAAAAAAAACAAACCCAAACCCAAAACUUUUUCUAAUUUUUAGCCUGUUUCCUAAAGAAGCAAGGUUUAUCCAGUCGCUAUGUUGGGCCAUCAGUUUCUUCUAAGGUGUAGCUAUACUGAGUCAAAAUUGGCCAAGGGAGAAAGGGCUCAAGUUCUCACAAACUUUAAGUGGGGAACAUUGGUGGAAAGUUACAAAUUAUACCUCCACCAAGAGGAAAAAAGGUUGCAGUAUGAACUUGACCGUUUUCUGUUCUGCCUGGGCUGCCAGCUGGCCUUUCAACACAUAACAUAGCUUUGAACUAACUCUAGUAAGAGCUGCCUGCCUUGCAAUGUGGAGGCAGGAGGGAAAGGGGAAAAAAGCAUAGGAGCACAAAAUACAGCUCCAUAGGAAACAAGGCUUCAUUAGUUCUGCUGUUCACAGAAUAAAUUGUUAAUUAAGUACUCAUGUGCUAUUAGAUAAGGCCUCAGCUUUCUCUGUUUUCAUAGAUGAGUAAGCCACACAUUUUCAGCUAUUUCUCCCAAGCCACUAAUUAAUUACCUUUCUUUUAAAAAUUUGAACAGUUAAGUGAUACUUUCAGAAGAGCUCAAUGACCCUUCCAGCUGGCUCUGACUGAAAUCGAUUGCAGAAGUUUCCUACAGUCGAUACCUUUUAAAAUUCCCAUUCAGUGAAACUUACUCUUCAGCUUAAAAAAAAACCCAAAAAACAAACAAAAAAAACCCCCAACCCUCACACCACGGGGACCUUCUAGUGCCUGAAAAAGUUCACAUUGUGUUCAGACACCAGCCUGCUCCUUC